AUGAGACCAACUGACUUGAAAUUUAGAUCAAUAAGAGAAAAGACCCCCGAGCUUCCAACAUUUACACCAGAAUAUACUAGACAAGGAUAGCCUCUUUUUGCAGCUUUAUAAUCAAGAAAAUCAUCUCUGUCUAUGCAGAAAAGAAUCUAAUCUGCAACUAAAGUUAGUUUAAAUUAAGCAAUAAGUAAUGAUGAGAUUUCAAGAAAUAGACCAAACAGUUCAAUUAGACUUGGCUCAUAUUACAAGAAUAUCAUAAAUCCAUUGGGCUUUGGUUAAUCUUAAGAUAGAUUUUCACUAGACCAUUCAAAUCCUCUAUCUCAAGUCCCUAGUACAUACAUGAAUUAAAAUCUAGGCCCAGGGUCAUAUGAUGCUGAUUUGCAAUAUCACAAAUUAACAUCAAAGGCCUGUCCUGUUAAAUAUUAGCAUUUAACCAUUGGGUAAAAACUAGCAGCCAGCGGUGAUUUUCAUUUUGAAGGCAGUAGAUUAGUGUAUGAACCAAGCUACAAAGAUCCUAGAAAGAAAAGUGGUGAUCAAGAUAACUAUUAAAAUAUAAUUAGCAGGAUAAUGAAUGGUGAAGUAGAUACAGAUAUGCUCAAGUAAUUAUCCAAGAAAAUUUAGACAUAAAAUAAUUCUAGCAUUGCUAUUAAUGACUCAGCAACCAAGAUAAAUAGGAACAAAUCUAUGGGCAAUCAUCAUUCGAGUUUUAACAAUAGCAUGGCAGUAAUGAAUCAAUACUAAAACAUGAGCUUCCAAAAUGACUAGGAGGAGAACGAUAGUAUUCAGGCAAGAAUGUCAAAGAAGUAAGCAUAUAAAUACAAAAGCCCAUAUAAGCAAGUUUCAACUAGCAAUACCAGUUAUAAGAAAAAUAAUUACUAUGGAAGGAAUUAAAUUAGAAAAAAUCUAAACUUAACUUAGAAUCCAUAGAACAUUAUUAUUUUCAUGGGAGAUACUAUAAACAUCAAUCCUCAAAAUACUUUCAUCAUCAACUAAGGAAAGACCUUUGACAAUGGCAAGGAACUUUACAACCCAGUUUUGAGUGAAAAUAUACUCAACAGUACCUUUGAUAGGGGUCAAAUGUAAAGGGCAAGUUAGAAUGUGUAUAGAAUUUUAGCUAGCGAUUCAAAUGUGAAGUCUGGAUACUUUUAACAUGGAUUUCAAUGUCCCACAAAAAGUAGCACAUUCUAAAGAAAGAAGCCAAUUGCAUACGAUUUAGAAGUGAUCAAUAAUAGUUAACCAUAAAAGAGACCUAGAUCUGGCAAGAAAUAUGUCUAUAACAGGCGACAAGUUGUUUCUGCCCUCGACCACUCAAUUUUGCCAAGUUAGUUUAAUUAAGAACCUGUGACUUCAACUAUUCUAGAUCAGACUGUUCCAAUAGAAAUAUAAUCUGAAUAGAAUCAAGUUGUUGUUAAUAUCUAGUUAAAGGAGAAGCCUUAUUCUCAGAUACUCGAUGUAAGGAAAAGUAGCAAGUCAAGAUAUUCAGAGGAUUUUUAGAAUAGUAAAGAUUAGCUUAACUUUGAUUAAUAACCUAAAAUCGUGACAACAAAGAUGACUUCCUAGAGAAAUCUAUAAGUUGGAGAUUCUUAAAGUAUGAAAGUAAACAAACAAGCAGACGAACAAUUAGUGGAGCAAGAGCAAACUUCUUUCAGAUAAAAUAUAUUUGGGAUUAAGUCUUCUAAUCUUGGCUCGAUUGAUAAUGAUAACUUUAACUAUUUAGAUGGAGGAGACAGAGAUCAGCCUUCAACUUAAAAUUUUACUUAAAACAAAUAGGCACCUCAUCAUGUUCACCAGAACCUAGAUUAAUUUUAAGUAAAUAAAUAGCUAGAUCUUCUAAACAGAUCAGUGAAAAGUGAACAACAAUAAAACCUCAAUAAUUUUAACUCAUUAAAUCAACAUAGAGAUUAUGAACCUCAAACAGAGAAGGCCUCUAAUUUGUCAAGAAUUAUGCUAAAAUCAAAAGAUAUUCAUGUCAAAUUAAGUGAUAUGCAAUCAAUUAAGUCACAGCAUACCUCAAAUAAGUGA